AAUUACCACAUUGCACUGGACAGCCCAAAACCACGCGUUUUCUCGCCAAACGAGACAUUAAACCUUCCAAGCAUAUAAUUUGUCUGCAACCCAAGAGACGAAGGAAUUCAAUUUUGCAGUUCAAUCCAUUCAUGCAGUGGUAGCUAUAAGCGGUGGUAACAGAGUAACAUGGUGGAAUUGAAGCAAUGGGUUUACAGUUAGAAAGAAGAAGCUUUAUUCAUUAAAUCACUUUUCAUGAACUCUCUCUGCCUCUGAGCGCUGUGAUGGGUAUAGAAAGACGUUGAGAUUGAGAGACAUUCUUCAGUUUCUGCAGAGAUGAGGAUAAGGAUGGCAAUUUUAUCUGUUCUUGUUCUGUUUCUGUUAAUGGGUUUUGAGUCUCCAGCUGAGUCUAAGAGUCUAAGACUGCUUUUGAAAGUGAAGGAAUCGUUCGUUGAAGACCCAUUAAAUGUGUUGGAAGGAUGGUCUGCAAAGAACCCAGAUUUCUGUACUUGGAGAGGAGUUUCCUGUGAUGGCUCGUCUGAAGUGAUUGGUCUCAACCUGUCCGACUCGUCACUCGCCGGGUCAAUCUCACCAUCACUCGGUCACUUGCCCUACCUGCUCCACCUCGACCUCUCCUCCAACCUACUCACAGGCCCCAUCCCACCUCACCUCUCUAAUCUCACAUCGCUUGUCUCUUUGUUUCUCUUCUCGAACCAACUCACUGGACCGAUCCCACCACAACUCGGCUCACUCACUAGUCUCCAAGUCCUACGGAUAGGUGACAACGGUCUCACAGGCCCCAUUCCAAGCUCUUUCGGUGAUCUCUCCAACUUGGUCACUCUUGGCUUGGCCUCUUGUAACCUCAGUGGUCAGAUUCCUCCAGAUCUCGGACGACUCGGACAACUCGAAAACUUGAUUUUGCAACAGAACCAACUUGAAGGACCGAUUCCAGCUGAACUUGGGAACUGCUCGGUCCUCCUCGUCUUCACCGCCGCUGGCAACAAUCUUUCGGGGCCAAUACCGGUCGAAUUGGGUCUGCUUAGCAACCUCCAGAUUCUCAACCUCGUUAACAAUACUCUCUCAGGCGAAAUUCCAGCCGAGCUAGGUGAGUUGAGUCAACUCGUUUAUCUCAAUUUUAUGGGGAAUCGGCUUGACGGUCCAAUUCCCGUGUCUCUGUCCAAGUUGGGUGCUCUGCAGAAUCUCGAUUUGUCCAUGAACAAGCUCACCGGAGGAAUUCCAGAAGAAUUUGGCGACUUGGGUCAGCUUGUUUACAUGGUGCUCUCAAUGAACGACCUUACUGGUCCUCUUUCGGGAAAAAUCUGUUCCAACACAACCAGUUUGCAAUUUUUGGUUCUCUCUGGUAAUGGGUUCAACGGAACGAUUCCAUCUGGGUUCAGGGAUUGCAGGUCGUUGGAAAGUUUGGAUCUUUCUGACAAUAAUCUUGAAGGGUCAAUACCAAACGAACUGUUUGUGCUUCUGAAUCUUUCUAAUCUUUUGCUGCACAACAACAGCUUGGUGGGCUCGAUUCCUCCAUUGAUUGGAAACCUCAGCAAUCUUCAAACUCUAGCUCUGUACCACAAUAACUUGCAUGGUGGUCUGCCACCGGAGAUUGGGAAGCUCGGGAAGCUCGAAAUCCUUUAUCUUUAUGAGAAUCAGCUAUCUGGGGAGAUCCCUUUGGAGAUAGGUAACUGUUCGAGCUUGCAGAUGAUUGAUUUUUAUGGAAAUCAGUUCACAGGGAGCAUUCCGAUCACCAUUGGAAGGCUAAAGGAGUUAAAUUUUCUUGAUAUGAGACAGAAUGGUCUCACUAGUGAAAUUCCCUCCACCUUGGGCAACUGUGGACAACUAACUGUUCUAGAUUUGGCAGAUAAUCGUCUUGUUGGUGGCAUCCCUGCAACAUUUAGAUUCCUUGAGUCCUUGGAGUUGUUCAUGCUUUACAACAACUCUCUUGAAGGUAGUCUUCCAGAGGAACUAGUGAAUAUUUCCAACCUGACGAGAGUCAACCUCUCUAAUAAUAGAUUGAAUGGUAGCAUUGCUGUUUUGUGUAGUUCACAUUCUCUUCUUUCUUUUGACCUCACCAACAAUUCUUUCGACCAUGAAAUUCCUACCCAGUUGGGCUAUUCGCCUGCUCUUGAAAGGCUUCGAUUGGGCAGCAACCGAUUUACCGGUAAAAUUCCUUCGACCUUGGGAGAAAUCCGGGAGCUCUCACUCCUAGAUCUUUCUGGCAAUUUACUCAUUGGAGUGAUUCCUGUAGAACUCGCACUUUGCAAUAAACUCACUCAUAUUGAUCUGAACAACAACCUUCUCACUGGAGCAAUCCCGAUGUGGCUGGGAAGCUUCCCUCAGUUGGGUGAGCUAAAGCUGUCCUCGAAUUCAUUUGCAGGCCCUCUCCCUCGACAACUGUUCAAUUGCUCCAAUCUCUUAGUACUUUCUCUUGAUGAUAAUUCACUAAAUGGAACCAUUCCCCCUGAAAUUGGAGAUCUUGCAUCCCUCAAUGUCCUCGACCUCAGCCACAACCGAUUUUCCGGGCCUAUCCCUCCUGCCAUUGGCAAUUUGAGCAAAGUCUAUGAGCUCCGGCUUUCAUGGAACAACUUCGAAGGCGGAAUACCAAUUGAGCUUGCAGAACUCCAAAAUCUGCAGAGCAUGUUGGAUCUCAGCCACAACAAUUUUACUGGUGGCAUCCCACCUUCCAUUGGGACAUUGUCUAAACUUGAAGUGCUUGAUCUAUCUCACAAUGAGCUUGUUGGGAAAGUCCCUCACCAAAUUGGUGAAAUGAGCAGUCUGGUCAAGCUUGACCUUUCUUACAACAGUCUCAAUGGCCAAUUGGACAAGCAAUUCUCACAUUGGCCAGUAGAAACCUUUGCUGGGAACCUUGGACUGUGUGGAAGCCCUCUUCAUCCAUGUGAGAACUCAGAAUCCAGUGGGCAUCACACUGCCCCCAGAACAUUCUUGGUGGUGGCAAUCACAGCUGCCUCGACUGCAGUUGCUAUUGUUCUACUAAUACUGGGGUUUGUGCAUCUGAUGAAAAACCACCACCAAUAUCUCAGAAGAGCUCGUGAAGUGAACUGUGCUUACUCUUCCAGUUCCUCCCUACCACACCGGCGGCUACUCUUCCAAGGUGGCACCCCAAGGCGAGAAUUCAAAUGGGAAGAAAUCAUGAAAGUAACCAACAAUCUAAGCGAUGAGUACAUGAUUGGAUCGGGCGGAUCAGGGAAGAUAUACAAAGCAGAUUUACCCAAUGGGGAGGUAAUUGCAGUCAAGAAAAUAUUGAGAAAAGAUGAUCUCCUAUUAGUUAAGAGCUUUGCAAGGGAGAUUCGGACGCUUGGCAGGAUAAGGCACAGGCAUCUAGUGAAGCUGAUGGGUUGUUGCAGCAACAUAGGAACAGGAAUGAAUCUAUUGAUAUAUGAGUAUAUGGAGAAUGGAAGUGUGUGGGAUUGGUUGCACAAGCCACUUCUCAGUGGGAAGAAUAAGAGUACCUUUGAUUGGGAAGUACGAUUGAAGAUAGCCGAGGGGCUAGCACAAGGGAUGGAAUAUCUCCACCAUGAUUGUGUGCCACGAAUCAUUCACAGAGACAUUAAGUCGAGCAAUGUGCUACUUGAUUCCAACAUGGAAGCACAUUUGGGCGAUUUUGGGCUAGCAAAGGCACUUAUCGACAACCAUGACUCGUCAAACACCGAGUCAAAUUCAUGGUUUGCUGGCUCUUACGGCUACAUAGCUCCAGAGUAUGCAUACUCAUUUAUGGCGACGGAGAAGAGUGAUGUGUAUAGUAUGGGUAUUGUGUUAAUGGAGAUUGUGAGCGGGCGAAUGCCCACUGAUGCAAGCUUCGGAGUAGACAUGGACAUGGUGAGGUGGGUUGAAUCACAUAUUGACUUGCCCGGACCUGCCCGAGAGGAAUUAAUUGAUCCAUUGUUGAAACCACUCUUACCCAAUGAAGAAUGUGCUGUGUUCCAAGUGCUUGAUGUUGCACUGAAGUGCACAAGAACCACUCCGGCAGAGAGACCAUCAUCUCGGCAAGUGUCUGACCUCCUCAGUCACAUAUCUAACUCUAGUAAGGUGCAAUAUGGGAAGAAGAUUACAACCCCAUGAGCAUUAUAGAUGAGAUUGGAUAUUGGAAAAUCAAAAGUGCUUUCUAUACAUCGCAGAAGUCAUCUCCAAUGGAGCUUUCCAUUUUCAUUGUUUCAGUUUUUGUCCCUGCAACUUUAUAUUACCAUCCACUUGCUGUUGCACUCCAA